CAGACUACAUGCUUGGCAGUCUGAUGCCCUAGCAAAGACAAGAACGCAGAUAAUCACAAGGGUCCAGCUGAAAUCAGUUUGUAGCCACCGGAAGAAAGAAGGCUAUUUCAUCACGUUAGUCAUCGAAUUCCAAAGUAGCUGUAAGAUCGUAAUCCUCAGCUUCCAAAACGAAAAGCCGUGAAAAAUUGAAAAGAGAAAUGCCCUCAGCUCCGUCUCGAGCGUUGGAGGCGCUCGAAAGAGCAGAGGCCUUGGCAGAUGACCUAGACCGAGCCUUUUACGCCAAAGGAUACAGCCACCACCGUCACGCGACUGCUGUGGACAGCGUUGACAGUCUGCCGCCAGCGGAAGCAAGUGCGGGUUGCCUUCGCGGACCGGUGCAAUUACUUCAGCUUGCUGAUGGCGAGAACAACGGUGUGACGAGUUGCUUGUCCUCACCUCGACCCGAGGAGUUUGCGGCCCUGUCUUCGUCGGAACCGCGAUCGCUGCUGGAACAGAACGGGAGUAGUUCUUCUUUCCUCCCGGUGUCCUCACGAGCGCUCGAUCGAUCCUAUUCUAGGUACGACUACGUGGAAACGCCCGUCACGGCGCUGCUGGGCGACUUUUGGGAGGCCACCGCGCCGCGUGAGUCGUGGAAGCACAUUCGAGCCAGUACAGCCGCGCCGUCGGUGUUCACGAAGGAGCAGGAUCCCGAGCUUCCCACGCCCGCCUUGGAACCCAUUCUUCUGCUGCGGGACACCGUACGUGAAGUGAAGAAGAAGCUCUUUCCCGAGGUCCGGUCCUUUCUCGAUGAGCACCGAUCGAACGGGGGACAUCUUCUCUUUCGACGAAACAGAUCUGAUGCCGGGGAUGAUCCGACGAUGGACAGCAAAGACACGGCAUCGGGUAGUACAGCGGAUGCUAUGCCCGUACCAACUGCUGGACCGGAUCGAUUAGCAACUCGAGGCCGUACACCAGCGAAAUUACAGGCUGACGGUUUUACAACUACUAGCGACCCUAGAAGAAAUUAUUUCAGCACAAAUAACGGAGCGAUGAUGAUGAAUGGUCCACCACCUGCUACCGUGUCCUCUUCGGUGCCGCCUUCGAGUAAAAAUUCCCUCAUCUUUCAACUCCUGCCCCCGUCUCCUCUGCAGCAGCAGCCACUGUACAAAGUGACACGGUCUGCGGAUCAGGCGGUGCGUAUAGCGGAAGCCGCCCGGGCGUCGCUGCGGGAGGAGGAGCGGCAGCGCAUCCCCGUCCUCGAGCCAACCCGGUCAGCCACGGAGGCCGUGAUGUCCGCGUUCCAGAGCACCAAUUACCUGUCAGGCGCGAGGUACCACAGCGCCCCCCGUACCGGUCUGCGCCGCGCGAAGUCGAGCACGUGCCUCCACUAUCGCGUCCCGGCGACGUUUUUCCCUGCCGUCCGCUCAAGGCUCGGUAGCUUGUGAUGUGGUGCUGAGAACAAGUGAGUGGAGUGGUGAUAAAUUGCCAUCGCGUCGAGCAUAUAGUCUUCAAAUACAAAGAAAAAGGUUCUCACGCCUGCCGACGAUCAUCGCGCAAGUUUAUAGACACUUUGAUGCGAUGAGUAUUUGUUUCAAUCAUUUGCAAAUCGAAAUCCGGUCACUUUUUCAGGUUCGACGUCUCGCAGCGCGCUGGAAGGGGAAGAAGGAAGCGGUCGUUCGUUCGGUGAGGUGGCCAACUCGCAAUCUCGCUUGGGGGGCUUCGAGUCCUCCAGCCGGGCACUGCAAACGGGGUACGAGCGGUACAUGGGAAAUCUGAACCGCCGGGUUGACGAUCGUGUUUACACUGCCGGUGCGGUCUUUGACCUAGACCCGCACAGAGGCAACUACCGGGUGCGACAGCCCACUCCAAUUGAGCCGGUGUCCAUUGCCGGCGCCUUGCGCGAUCUGCGCUCCACGGACUGGUCCUCCUCUCUGCAACCGCAUCUUCAGCGGCUGUGGUGAUUGGUCAAGUUGCACAUUUUUCUCGUGGUUCUGGUUUACGGAGCGGAGUCCGUGGUACUCGGUGCGAUUCCAAAUGCAUGCACCGUCCAUGCUUCCGGCGAACGAUUUUUUACCAACGUGUCACUUUGUCGUCGCAUUGUUUACGCGAUGAUUUGAAUCGUCGUAUUAAGUAGUUAGUACUAGUGCGUGCUUCCUUGUUACCUAAUGUGAAUGUGUAUUCGAGUUUGUGAAAGUUUCGAUACUCAAUCUUUAGAGAGAAGAUGAUGCCAGAAAAUGAUAAUGAACAAAAUACGAAGGAAAAUCACAGGGCUCUCUCCACAACUUCUCUCAUAUCCAGUUCAAAAUGAUGUUGACAUGACCGAGCCGGGUUUCUGAAUUUUCGGCCAGCGCAGCUACGUGACAGUGAU